AUGACGAUUCGGAAGGCCGUGGCACAGUGCCAGGAGCUUUGCAAAUCUGGAAAGCUCCAGGACACACAUCAGUUGGUCCGGUGGAUCAACACAAAGGAAGAGCAUGCAUCAAAGCUUAUGCACACGAUCGCGGAGUACUUCUUGGCGCAAAAGGUGAAAAAGGAACAGCUUUCUGAGCACGACUACCUGCAGGUCUUGGCAUUGCACCAUGCUGUCUUGGUGGCCGCCAUGAAGACGAAGCAGUCCUCGGAGAUGGCACCCGUGGAUGCGCUCGACAAAGCCAUCCAGGCCUUGCGCCCAGUCUACGAGAAGAAGUAG